AUGGUCUGCGUCGUCGCUUUUAUUCUUUACGCGGGCCAGUAUUCAUCGGAAUUAAAUCGAUUAGUUUUCGCGGUCAAUCAUUAUUCACACCCCAAUUAUGGUGUCUUCAAACUUCCUCCUGACGGCCAAUUUCCGGUGCCAAAAGAUAGAAGUGUAUUUAUGAGUAACACCUUAGUCGAUAGAGAGGGCACAUUUAUCCAGAUGUAUUGCUCGCACAGAUGGAACGAUUACAGAAUCAUUGGGAAAAUUAGUGAUGAACUGAUCGAUAUAACGAAUGAUGCCGUAGCUAGUUUUGAAACCUCACGCAAUACAGCGGACAGUUGCCUGGUUCAAAUUCUUCGAAAGAGGAACAUGAUGGGCAAAUUUAAUCUACUGAGCCCCGGAUCGUCUAAAAUUUACUGGUCAAAUUUUUAUUCUCGAGAUUGUACACCAAAAGUCUUGGCCAACUUAGCCUUUAGAGGUAAACUUGUCGUGAAGGGAAAGUAUAAAAACUUUAUUCCUUCGGGCUUAAAAGCGAGUAUAGCUAUCGAAAUUGACAAGAAAAUUGCACUAGAAGAUCUUAUCUACCGAGGGAAAAUAUUCAUGGAUGAUUAUGGGGCCCCUAUGCAAAGAGUUCUUACUUGGUACCAAGGUCAUAUACACAUAUUCGAAAGAACUUCAAGCAAUAGCUGGAUGCCCUUCACAACUCUGGGUACUGAGAGUAAAAAUGGAGACUUGAUUUAUGACUAUAUGCUUCACAACUUCAAGACAUUCUCCUUAUUCCAUCUUUACUUUGACAAGUAUCUCUGGGGAUCGAGAAACAGUUUCUUCCUUCAAAAUCCUAAUUCAGAAGAAUCGGAUUAUCUUGAUAAUGUAGAUAGCCAAAGAUCAAUCGCCCAAGAAAAUAUUGGGUUCGGAAGUCUGAAUUGCCUUAGACCAAUGUCUAUUGGUGGCUACAUCAGUGGACGGGAACCAAAUCGUAGUGAGGAAGACGUAAUGCCUGAUGUUUGGGGACUUGAAUUUUAUGUUCCCAAUCGAGAACCCGAGUCGAUUUUGUAG